AUGGCUACAUCCAAGACGCGAGUUCUGGCGGGCAAGAAGGUUGUCAUUAUCGGUGGUUCUUCGGGGCUCGGCUUUGCGGCUGCGUCUGCGCUGAUUGAAGAGGGCGCGCACGUUGUCAUUGGCAGUUCCUCUUCCGACAAGGUGUCGGCUGCCGUAGCAAAGCUGAGCGAUCCAUCGACGCAGUUCAAUGCCGACCCGUCUCGAGUCUCGGGAUACACGGUGAACCUAUCCGGUGCUGCAGCUGAAGCCUCUCUGCGCGAGUUUUUCGGCAAGAUCGGUUCGUUCGACCAUCUCAUCCACACGGCAGGCGACACGCUUCGAAUGAAACCGCUUGGCGAAUGGGACUACAAGAGUCUGGUGGAGGCAGGAGAUGUUCGCUACUUCAGUGCGAUCCUUGCGGUGAAGAUCGCCACGGAAGAUCCCAACUUGCUCCGUCGGAACAGUGGAGGAAGCGUUGUGCUGACCACGGGGGCGGUGGCUGAAAAGCCCAUGCCGAAUUGGAGCGCUGUUGCCGGAUACGCAGCUGCACUCUACGGCCUCACCCGUGGUCUAGCCCUCGACCUAUCCGACAAAGGCAUUCGCGUCAACUGCAUCUCUCCCGGCCCCGUCGAGACGGAGCUGUGGAGUGGCAUCCCCGACCAACAGAGAAAGGCAAUGCUCAACGAAAUGGGCAGCAAACUUCUCACGGGCAAAAUCGGUCAACCGCACGAGGUGGCACAUACGUACGUCUACUUGCUCAAGGACACCAAUCAGACCGGCCAGAUCAUCAAUACCGACGGCGGAUCCACACUCACCGACCGUCCGCAGUAA